AUGCCGCUGCCGCCGCCGCCGCCUCCUGGCCCUCAAGCCUCCGCGGCCAUCGCCGAGUCUGACCAGUUCCGAUGCUUCCGGUCUUUUUCUGUACAGGUGAUUUCCAUGGUGCUGGUGGCUGUCGGGAUCUAUGCGCGGCUGUUCAAGCAUGCAGAAGCCGCCGUGGCCUGCCUUGCUAUGGAUCCAGCCAUCUUGCUGGUGGUUGUUGGCGUCCUGAUGUUCUUCCUCACUUUCUGUGGCUGCGUUGGCUCCUUGCGGGAAAACAUCUGUUUACUGCAGACGUUCUCCUCCUGUUUGGCCUUCCUCUUCCUGUUGCAACUGGCUGCGGGCAUUCUGGGAUUCGCCUUCUCUGACAAGGUGCGAGAGAAGGUGAACGCCAUGGUCAAGAGCGCCAUUGUGCAUUACCGAGAUGACCUGGACCUCCAGAACCUCAUUGAUUUUGCUCAGAAGGAGGUAGGGUUCAACCUUUCUCGUGUUCUGUGUCCUUUUGUGUUCCUCUUCCUCUUCUCCCCCGCCCAGUUGAUUGGCAUCCUGUUGUCCCAGGUAUUGAUCAGUCAAGUCAAAGACCAGAUCAAGUUCCUGAGUUACAACCAGGGGCAUCGGACCGAUUAUUGGUAGCACAGGACCCAAACCCAGAAGAGUAGAAGAUGUCCAAGAACUUCCUGCUCGCCUCUCUUCCGGAAACAUCUCCUUCCAAGCUGAACUUCUGGGAACUUCGUAGUUGGACACCACCUUCUCCCUUUCUCCUGAAUUUAGGAAGAGGAUCCCCCCGUAAGGUGGACUUCGAAGGAGCAGGGUAGGAAGACCCAUUGUUGACGAGGUUUUGAACUUGGGUCCAGCCCCUGUGGGAGUCUGAAUCCGAGGAGGAAGAUGAACAGCCGACACGGAGCGGGAGCGCGGCUCCGUUGUCUGUGGAGCGAACUGGGGAAGGGCAAAGUCCAUCUGGGCAGAGCAGGGGAGAGGUAGAACAAGGGAGAGGGACUUCAGAGGAAGA